AUAUCCUCGUAAUUAUAUCAAGGACAAGCGAAGGAAAAUAGAUUUUUUUUACUACUAACCUGAGAAAUUGCUAUUAUUCACUCCAUUCCCCUAACGAGAAGUAAUAAAAAAACACCUAGCUAAAAUGGCACCAAUUGAUUUUUACUACGUUCCUGGUAGCGCGCCCUGCAGAAAUGUACUACUGACUGCUAAAGCCGUAGGAGUUGAAUUGAACCUUAAAUUAACAAAUUUGAUGGAAGGAAAGCAUUUGACACCUGAAUAUUUAAAACUUAAUCCUCAACAUACAGUUCCGACCAUCGACGAUAACGGUUUUGUCUUAUGGGAAAGCAGACCCAUUAUGACCUAUUUGGUCAACCAAUAUGGAAAAAAUGACACUCUCUAUCCCAAGGACCCAAAGAAGAGAGCUGUGGUAGACCAGAGAUUGUACUUCGAUAUGGGAACCCUUUAUCAAAGAUAUGCAGAUUACUUUUACUUUUUUAUUCUGAGUGUAGUAGACAAAAUAGACCUGCUGGGCAAGUUUAAUUUAUCAGAUGAAGCCGCCUUAUCUCUUAGUCAAGAGCGGCCCCAAGAAGAAGGAAAUCCCCCCCAUUAUUAA